CGCCAGGGCGUGCAGGCGCCGCGCGUGUCGGGUGUCUCCGCCACACGCCGGUGCGCCCGCCGCAGUAUAAGAGGGGCGCGGGGCGGUGCAGCGGCAGUCCCUGAGGUGUCCCGCUCCUCGCCUCUCGCCUGCUGUCUCCUCGCCGCGUCGCCGCCGCCGCCGCCGCCGCCGCCAUGAACAAGUACUUCCCCGGGCUGGGCCGCGUGGAGUACCGCCCCGACGCGGGCCCCGAAGAGACGCUGGUGUUCCGCCACUACAACGCCAGCGAGACCGUGCACGGGCGCCCCAUGGAAGAGUGGCUGCGCUUCUCCGUGUGCUACUUCAACACCUUCAGGUACCUGGGGCAGGAGGGCCACUUCGGGGACUCCACCCACCAGUACCCCUUCGAGGAGGGGCCCCAGUCCUUCGACAAGUACAAGCGGCGCCUCGUGGCGGCCUUUGAGUUCUUCCACAAGCUGGGCGUCAAGUACUACUCGGUGAGUGACCGGGACCUGGCCCCAGAGGGCGACAGCUUCGACGACACGGGGGCGCACCUGGAGGAGGCCGUGUCGCUCGCCGCGGACCUGCAGAAGCAGACUGGCGUGCGCCCGCUGUACUUCGGGUGCGACCUGUUCUCCCACCCGCGCUACAUGCACGGCGCGGCCGCCAACCCCGACGCCCACGUGUUCGCGUACGCGUGCGCGCAGGUGAAGCGCGGCCUGGAGGCGGCGAAGCGCCUGGGCGCCGAGAACUUUGUGUUCUUCCACCCGCGCGACGGCUACGAGAGCCUGCUGCAGCGCCAGCCGCUGCGCGACGCCUCGCACCUGGCGCAGCUGUACCGCAUGGCCGCCGCCUACCGCGACAAGCUGGGCUACAAGGGCCAGCUGCUGGUGCAGCCGCGCCACGCGGGGCCGCGCCGCCACCAGUACGAGGCUGACGCCGCCGCCGCCAUGCACCUGCUGCGCCACUUCGGGCUGGACAAGCAGUACAAGCUGAACAUCAGGCCCGCGUCCGCGCGCCUGCAGGGGCGCGAAGCCGACCACGACGUGCAGAUGGCGGCGGCCUACAACAUGCUGGGCUCCGUCGACGCCGCCGACGCCUUCCCCGCCCCCGACGGCGCCGCCUCCGACCUCUGCUCCUACGACGUGCGCGACGCCACGCUCGUCAUGAAGUGCGUGCUGGAGAUGGGCGGCCUGGGCCAGGGCGGCGUGACGCUGGGCGGACGCCUGCGCCGCGGCUCCGUGGAGCCCAAGGACCUGUUCGAGGGCCACGUGCUGGCCAUGGACACCUUCGCCCGCGCCCUCAGGAACGCCGCCAGACUCAUCUCCGAGGGCGUGUUCUCCCGCAGCAUGCAGCAGCGCUACGCCUCGUACAAGAGCGGCCUGGGGGAGCGCAUCGAGAAGGGCGCCGCCACGCUGGAGGAGUGCGAGGAGUACGUGCGCAAGUGUGGCGAGCCGCAGACCACGUCAGGCAGGCACGAGCACUUCCAGGCUGUCUUCAACCACUACGUCUUCCCCCCGCGCCAGUAGACUGACUGCCCGCCCGCCUGCCUGCCUGCCCGCCCGCCCGCGCCACCACACGCCGCCACACACCACUACACACACACACACACACACACACACACACACACACACACACACUCACUCCCUCUCCAGUCUCCUCCCUCCUCCCCUCCCCUCCCCUGUUCAGAGGUGGGGCAGGAGGAUGGGAGGGUGAGGGAAAGGCGCACCCCUCCCCCCCCUUUCCUGCAUUGGGGGGUUGAGGGGGGGUAAGACUGCCCCGCUUCCCCUUGACGGAUGACGGAAACAACAACAACAAUAACAACAACAACAACAACAAGUAAAACAACAAUAGUAUUAAUUAUAAGAAUAAAAACAGCAACAACAACAACAACAACAACAAUUAAAACAACAACAGCAACAACAACAACAAUAGCAACAAUAACUAUAAUAAUAAUAAUAACAACAACAACAACAACAACAACAACAACAACAACAACAACAACAACAACAACAACAACAACAGCAAAAUUGAAGAAAAGGAAGAAAGGAACAAAAAAGAAGAACAAGAAAAUUUAAGGUCAACAACAACAACAACAACAACAACAACAACAACAACAACAACAACAACAAUUAUGAUGAUUUUCGGUGUUAAUAAGCAAAAAAAAAAAAAAAAUUUAAUGAAAGAAAAUUAAAAGCAAAGAAUUAAA